GUCACUGUCGUGUUGGGUGGCUGUCAAGUGAGCGAUAGAUUUUGACAACCAAAAUCCAGUUUUUAAUCGUAAAAAAGAAAUCAAAACGAGUAGAAAAUAUUGAAAUUUCCCUCAAUAUUUACUGUUUAUAUUUAUCUACUGCGGAAAAAGUUUAAUAUUCAUAUGAGUGUGGUUAUUAUUUGCUUAUAGUAAAGUGGGUGGAUUCUUACUCGUAUGUAAUUAGGCGGAAUUUAGAAUUUGUGUCAUGCCCGCACAACCGAGGAUUUCACUGAUAAUGAAAAAUGAAGGGGGUCGAUAACUCGCCAGCUAAUCGCGAAGGAAUGACCAAUAAACCUAUUGUAACAUGCGCGGGGGAUUGGAACUUGUUUUGCACGUUAGAAGCUCCGCUAGUGGCCGCGAUUCCGCAGGAUUCGUGUGAAUGGAGGAGGUCCUAUGGCCGGGUCACAAAGUCUGUUUACUUGGAAGCUUCGUUUAUUAAAUAUAAUCCGGAUAAAGUGCAAUCUGAGCUCAACUUAUUAAACCGCCCGAUCCUGCAUAUUUAUUGGACUGACUGUGUGGAUAUAGAAUAUUACAAGACCACACUCAGAGAAGAUAUAGAAAUAUGGCUCAAGCAAUUAGAAAAGAAAGGCAUCACAGACUGGAUGAUAAUUUUAGUAGAAACAUAUGAUAUUAGGAAAACCAACAAGUUGCUACCUAGAACUACAGUUUUGGAUAAAAUAAAAGGGGAUUUUGCCAUAAAACAGACAGAAGAUAGGUUCUUGUCUGUAAUUAAUCCUAUUAAGUCUGAAGCGAGGAGUGCGGAGUCAUGGAGAGCGCUGGUGGCAAAGAUGAGGCAUUUUGUGCUGGUGGCAUACAAUAAGGCAUUGAUAAAGUUCGAAGAGCACAUGAGGGAGCAGAGAGAGAAAAGAAAUGACCCGGAGUGGGAUUUUUGUAAAUAUUUUAUUCUACAGGAACAACUAGCAUUUGUAUUAGAAAUGUUAGGUUUGUAUGAAGAAGCAUUAGUCCAAUAUGACGAAUUGGAUGCAUUGUUCUCCCAAUUUGUGCUCAAUUCCAAUGUGACGGAGGGUCCAAAAUGGCUAGACACGUUUAAGCAGCCCAUCACGUCUUGGCAGGCAGUCAGACUGACGGUUCUGGUGCCACAGCAUUUGAGAGAGCUUAUUAUUAAGCAAAAAGCUUCCCUCUUAGACUUUAGGAGCUAUUUGUUUCAACGUCAAAGUGCCAUGUUACUACUUAUGUUUAAACCUUGUGAGAUAGCCUCCCGCUGCCUCAGCACCGUCCACAACACAUUAGUCGAGCUGUCGCUACUGGGCUGCGCGGGAGUGGACGGCGCGGCGGCCUGCUGGGCGCAGCUCGCCUGCGCCGAGACCCUGCGCGCCUGCGAGCGGCUCUCGCAAACCAACAGGGAGGAGUGCGCCGCCAUGCAGGCGCCGCUGCACAACACUGCUAAAGAUAAGCUCCACGAACUAGGCAAGCUCUGCGGCCUCCUCCCAGGCUCCCCCGAACCUACCUCCGAGCAACUCCACCUGGUCGUCAUGCUAUCGGCUGGCAUGGGAGACAGCGAACCCAACAACCAGCAGCCGACGCCAAACGACCGGCUGAAGGAGGCAUUAUGCAGCAAAACGAGCUUCCAGCAAUAUUACUUGGAGUUGGCCGAGUUGGCUAUGGGGACGUAUAAACAUAUAGGACGGUUAAGAUUCGCGCGCCUCAUCGGCCGGGACCUAGCCGCGUUUUACUCAGAACUCGGCGAGACUCAGAAAGCGGUAGUUUUCCUGAUGGAUGCUCUCCGGUCUUACGAGGAACAGGGAUGGCGAGACCUUGCUGCACAGACCAGACUAGAGCUGGUGGCGGCGGCUAAGAAGAUGGAAGACAUUGAUAGAUACACAAAGCUCUCUGCAACAAUAGCAUGCACUGCCGAAUUAGAAAUCCUAGUCAGAAACUUCUACUUCGAAGAAAUGAUGAAAUCAAUCAGAGAUCUCUCCCAAAAACCCGAACCAGUCCUAUCUGAGCUCAACGAGUGUUUCAAAAUAGUCUCAGUAACGCUACUGCCGUCCGAUCGUGGAAUAUAUAUCACUGAUAACAAGGUGCAAUGUGGCUUGGUCGUAGAAAGCAAUAUGCCUAAAGAUAUUAUUUGUACGCGCGCAGCGAUUAGUAUAGAGAAGUUUAAAGUGGAUAAACAGACGGAGAAAAGGACGCCGGCGAAAAGUUAUAAGACUGAAAUAAAUGUUAAUAAUAAUGUAGGGUCGCAGAAUAAUUCGCCGAGAAAGAUUGCGCCGGAGGGCGAUAACGAAUUAACUAAUUUAAUUACGAGUAUAAGACUAGACGAUUUAAAAGAUAAGAAUCCUCUGCUAAACCCGUUACACAUAACCUCCCAGCUCCACUACAAAGAAGACAAAUCCCUACAAAAAGCCACAGUAGAAUGCAUCAACCCUAAAGUUACUCUCAAGCGCUCAGACAGCAGCAAAUACAGAAAACCGUCCGCCACUUUAAGAAGUAACUACGAACAUUCAUUUACUUGUGACAAUUUCACUUUGAAACCAGGCACGAAUGAGAUUACCUUAGAAUGUAUAUCGAAAACACCGGGUACUUUUAAACUCGGUCAAAUAUCUUUGAUAGUUGAAGAGAAAUUGGAGUUUUUGUCCAAUGUGCUUACGAGUUUGAAAGUGGGGUAUGACGUGGUGACGCAAGGGGUGAAUGUGUACUUGAAUAAGGUGGAGCCUAAGAAGGAUUUGGUGGCUGGGUUGGAGCAUGCUAUGGAGCUGGUUGUGACUAGUGGAAGUUCGCAUAUAGAGGAGAACGCAACAAUACAGCUAAAAACCUCUAUGGGCCUGGUGAUCCGCCUCGCCGGUGACGGCGACGCCGGCACGGCGCGGGAGCUCUCCAUAGCGGUGCCGGCGAGCAAGCCGUUCGAGACCACGCGGGUGCCGCUCAGGCUGUUCGCGAACCUGCAGCCCAAGAAGGAGAGGAGCCAGGAGCAUACUGUUUGGCUCAACUGUCCCUGGUGGGAAGCAGCGAUGGAAGUGCCCCUCCACUUCUCCCCACCCAUGGUCGCGUCCUGGCGCCUCCUAACAUCAAACACGAGGAAAUUCGUCCACGUCGCCCUCAAGUCCACGGUCGCCCAUCUCGUGCAGUUCGAACUGACUGAGCCCAAGUUGGAGUGCGACGGCAAUACGACUGUGUCGGAUAUGAACCCAAAGAAUGCCAAAGAUAUGACGGUGGCCUCAGACGGCACAACAGCAUCCUUUAUGUGGGAGCUCCUCAAAGACCCUCUAGUGAAGGCGGGCCCCAUGAAAGCUGUGUUCACCGUGCAGUACCGCCCCGUUGACGUCGACGAGCCUGCUAGAAUGUUCUCGUGCCCGUUCGACGUACAGGACUGCACUACGCUGUUCGUUAUUAGGACUAAACUGGAGCCGAGCAAGGGCUCCGACUUCUGUAGGGCGUCGCAGGUGUGCUGCCUACAUCUUAGUGUGCAAAGGGUCAACGAAACAGAAUACACGUCUCUCAUGUACGAGGUAUUAGCUGACCAAACUAUGUGGGCUGUAUUAGGAAGAACUGCAGGAGUUAUAUCAUUGGAGUGUAGUGCAGAGGCGAGCGUGACGCUGGACGUGAUGCCGCUGGUGGCCGGCUACCUGCCGCUGCCGGCCGUGCGGCUCUCGAAAUAUAUCGCGCAGAACACCAAAGAUCCGAAGAAAGACAUCACAGCGCACCCACGCCUCGAGCCCUUCAGCCCCGGACAAGUAUACCACGCGGGCAAGGCCAAGCAAGUGCACGUGCUGCCCUCUAUGCCUAAAGAACACCUCGAACCGGCCAUCUGAACUCUUGCUACACAUUAAACUAUUUGAAAGAGAAUAAAACUUAAAAAAUAUCUAAACACACCCGGAGUCUGCAGUUUGUGUCGUGUUAUCUAGGUUUGUUUGGCGAUCAAACCAGCGCUCCGCAGCAGAAAAAGUGCAUGUUUCGAUAUUGUCAGCACCUUUGCGGCUUUGAUAUAUGUAUAUAAUGGCUGUAGCCGCUGUAGGUGGACCGUUGUGAGUCAUCGCUUGUAAAACUUAAGUAAAAACUCAGUUGCAACUUUUAACUGUGAGAAUUAAAUAAUUGCGAUGAACGACAAUUUCCUUAUUGUAAUUAUUAGGACUGAAAACAAUUGGUUACAUAUUGUGGUGUCCUAUAAAGUCCAAUUUUUAUUUAAUAAAUUGCUUCGGGAUUCUGCUGUAUAUUUGGUUAUUGUGCUUUCGUUACCUUACCUGAAUACCGCUAAUUUCAUUUUAUUCGUUUUGUGAAAAUGUACGACACUCAAAGUGUAGUCUCGAAAACACUUGUAAUUAAAGUAGAGUAUUAAAUGACUAAUAUAGCAAUUUUCUCAGAAUAUGUAAGGAAUCGGACCAUGGAAUCGAUGUGAUAAUUCAAAGUUUCAUGUUAUUAUAAUGUGUGGUUUAUACUUUAUACUCAUAAAAUUGUACUUUUACAAGCUUCCAAAUAAAUUAUACCUAAAUUGUCCUAUUUGCUUCUAAAACUUAACGGAAUGAGUCCUGUGAAUGCAUCACUUCCAUAAAUCACUACUUAGCUUGAAUACAUAAGCACUCUUUAUCCUCCUAAGUCCCGUGGUCCUUUUAAAACAUAGACCUAGCAUUACAUAGAUCAGCUAUACGCGUGCGCCUGUGAGGGACAGAACAUACGCAAUGCGACAAUAUGAUUGGUCGAGUAGAUUUGUAGCCCACCAUAAACCAUACAAAGUUUACGGUGGGGAAUUUAAAAAAAUGUGAGACUGUGACAAGUACAAACAAUAACCGCGCUUUCACUGCUACUCCUACUGAAAGAUACAUAAGACUAUCCCGUUCGGUCAUUUCCCCCCACCCCUCAUGACCGAUCAAGUUAUACUAAAUUCACGUUUUAAAAAGACAAAUUCAAAUCGAAUUUUGAACUAUAGUGGAAUAAAAGAAGGUUCCAAAUUUAAAACUGCAAAAAACUUUGGGACUUAAGGAGGAAAUAAUCAGAAGUCACCUAAUCCUAUCUCUUUCAGUGUCAUUUUAAUCAUACUUUAUUCUUCACAAUUCACAGUGUAAAUUAUAUACCAACUGGGUUACCUAUUUUGAUCUAAUUUCCUUGUGUAUGGUGAAAAUAAAAUAUAAUAUGUUGCUAGAAUAAAUAAGGUACCUGCGCCAAAGAAGACCCAUCGUUAUUUUUAUUUUUCUUAUGUUUAGGCCUCGUUCGCACGUGCGCUUUUACAACGCGCGUUAAAAAAGUGUUUGAGUGACACAGAUACAUGUGUAUUUAUUCACACGAUGGCGGUGGCGCUUUUUAACAAGUGUUGUUGGAUUUUCGACCUUUAAGCGUUGGUCGUUAAAUCAAAUUUAGCGUGCGCACGGAUUCAAGCGUUUUUUUAACGCGCGUUGAAAAAGCGCUCGUGCGUAAGAGGCCUUAAUAUUAACUUGCAGUUUUUUCUAUGGUACUAGCGAACAUGGACGCACAAAUUAUGAAAUUUUAGAAGUUAGCCAGCUAAAGAACCGGGCACUCCUUGGUGCAGGUACCUUACAUGAGGUCUUCUGAUAGUUCUGAUGUAACGAACGUCCUACCAACUUAUCGUACCGAUUACUCGCAGCUCCCUUGACAUUGGUGAUCAGAUCGGGAUAUCGUCAGACCUCUUUAGGUAAUCCAGUGGGCAUCAUUAAUCCUGCAUCCAUAUUCUAUAAAUAUUAUUAUCGAUAUUUUCUCACACGGGAUAUGGUUGACAGGGUUUUAGAAAAAAAUUAUAAUAUUAUUUAAAAAUGAGCUUUAUCGUCGUGCAUAAUAGUUGAUAUUAGAAGUAGCGGGCUUACGUGCUAGAUAUUAUGUAUUUGAUGGUGUUGUUGGUAGUGGUUGGAAUAUUUAGUACACCAACAAAGACACUUGAAAAUAUACCUCAGUUCUUUGAGGUAAGUAUAAAAAUGUUCAUAUUGAGUGUCUUUUUUGAUAGUACUAAAAUGACAAUAGCAAGCUAUUAACUAAAUUGUAGUUAAAAAAUAAUGUAAAAACUGCUUCCACCAUUUUAACCCUUUCGUUCGCGGCGCGUUGUCGUGAACCUUGUCGGUAUGCACGAACGUUGUUAUUGGACUGGUGGACUGUAACCGCGCGCGUCAGUUGACGUCUUUGGCAAUCAAAUGGUUAAGAGGAUAGUUAUUAUUAGUGAAUCAUUGUAAAAUGUUACGCGUUUUACGCCAAAUGAUUGUGGACAUGUUUGGGCAAAAUUGAUUUAAAUAUUUUUUUUGUACAGACAAGUCGACUUCAUUAUUAAUUUAAAUGUCGUCUCAUUUCGUCAACAAGUUGAUGCAAUAGUUUUAAGCACAUUUUUUUGUGUAAUUUUUCUUAAUACGUUUAUAGUCAAUAAAUAUGUGUUGACUAGGGUGACUGCUACAGUUAUUGGCCACUACAUAAGUAAUUGGCCACUCUUAACAAUAAGACUUAUUUUGGCUUAUUUCUUUCUGAUUUGUAAGGAAAGGCCAAUUAUUAUUAAUAACAGCAAAACACACUAGGUCUUGAUUAAACGAUUUAUUUUGAACUGGAUACACAAUGCUUUAGACCUUCUUCUUCUUCUUCUUUUAAAAUUAUGGCUUCAGCCCAGUGGGACUAUUUCGCCAGUAUCAAGGUAUUGAGAGGUUUACAAACGACAAAAAUUGUACGGUUGUACAAGACAGUGUACGGUGAUUUGUUAGCUCUUGUAAAUCGAUAGCUAGUCUUUACAAGAAGCACGUGGACUACCGGCCGUUGACUCUAAGAUGGUGGUUAAACGCGCUUCAAAAUUAAUUCUCCAUUCACUGCACACUACCACAUUAGUUUACUGUAUAAUAAGCUAUCGAUAUUACACUUUAAACAAUAUUAAUAAGCAAAAAACAAAGUAAUUAAUCACGAUGCUAACUAUCAAGAUGGCGCUCGAACCGGAAGUCCUGCUUUAGACCGACGCUUCCGUGGAUAAGGCGCGAAGCCAUCUUGACUUGACAGCUAGCUUCGAUGACAGCCGUGCUGUCAGUUAGGGCGCGUUCCGAACCUCGCUAACACUAUGUAGUACCCAAUAACUCACCCUAGGCCCACCACAUUUCAUGCCAAGUUUAAUGAAAUUUAAGAAUGGCGUUUUAAAAUGAGAGUGUAACAUCGAUUAUAUGGGAGCGGCUUUUUGGCGGCGGGUUCAUAAGUUAUUUUUCGUAACAUCACUUUUUAUCUCAACGAAAUGCCAUUUUAUUUGACAACGACUAUUAUUUUACCUAGUCCCAGGUUCUCGUCUUUUCUUAUUUAAAAUUUAAGUUGUACAUACUUAGUUAAUUUGGUGCUGCUAAUUUACAGUAUGAAUCACCACAACUUCAUGGCAUGUUUUUUUUUAUGGCAUGUUUUUUUUUUUUUUUUUAAUGUAAUAUAUGUAGGUAGGUUAUUUGAUUUUAUUUUGUUGUAUAACUUGCAAAUUCGCAUUUUGAAAGUGUUGUUAUAAAAACAACCUUAUAAUGUACUAAUAAGAGCUGUAAUCCUGUAAUGAUAACUCCUGGAUAGUUAUUCAAUAUGUGCAACACCUUAUUUAAUUUUUACAUACUUUUAUUUAUGUAUUAUUCUUUUCAGGCAGGUUAAUGUUAGGUUUUCGGUUAGGUAGUGUUUGUAUAUCUUGUUUUGUUUAGUCUACACAGAUAUUAUUUUGUUUAGUAAAAAUCUGCAAACCAAGAUACCAAGGAGCUUUCAUAAACUCGCCCCAGACUACGCGGCUAUAUAUACUAGUAUUGUAUCAUUUUUAGGUUUAUCUUGAAAAGUGUAUUAUUUUAUACUUAUAUCAAAACCAUGUAUAGUGCACUAGCUUUUAUUUAUAAUUAGGUAUUAGAUUCAUUAUAACACAGAUAAUAAAUAACAUGUUUAAACGUCGUGGUAAUAUGAAUACUCAUUAUGUUUAAAUUACCCUCAUUCAAAUAAGAAAUAUUGAAUUUAUUAAUUUUUUAUCUAAUUCAAUCGUAAUAGGUGUAUCCUUAUAUUGAGUGCUAUACUUGGUGGAAUUUAUUAUAUAAUUAUACCACAGUGUAUUAUUCAUUCAUACGAGUAGGAUAGUCGCUUUAAAACAGUAACGAAAAUUGUUUUUGUGCUUUCCUUUAAACUAUCCAAAGAAUAAUUAUUGAAAAAUGCUGCAAACAACUGGUUAAUAUAAGAGACUUGCUGCAGAACCUACGAAAUUUUACCUAAUAUAAUCGCUUUUUUUUACAGAAAUGUGUACUGGAUGACAGGAAUGUAUAUAGGCGUAUAAUGUAUAACAGGAGAUGUAUUUAUGUUUCAUACUAUGUAUAAUAACUUAGGAAUAUCAAUAUAAUGUUUAUUGUUAGAAA